UGCCCGGGGAAGGUCGCUCAUUUUAGAUAAGCACACGAAGCCAUCACCAGGCAAAUCACUUUAGCAGCUUGGUGACUUUUUUUUCCUUCUGUUUCGGGAUGGUGAUGAGGACAGAGAGCCAGUUUCACAGGCGAACAGAGUGAGGGCAAAGUUUUUUUCCAAAAGUUCUCUUUUGGAAACUUUCGGAGAAUGAAAACUUUUCCCUGUCCCUGCUGCCUCCAGCCCUCCCCUGUGCUGCGUUUCCAAGCUCUUACACAAGCACACCCCAGCCUCCAGCAGCUCGGCGCUGAGGGCUGGCCGCACUCUGCUUGGUGGGAGCAGAGGCGAGGAGCUGCCACCGAGGCGUCCUGCGGUGAUUGGGAGAGGCUCAGCGUGGCCAGGAUGCUUCUGCUGCUUUCUCUGCUCGCGGGACUCGCCCUGCCCGCCCCUGGCAUCGCGGCGGAAGAAGAAACCGAGCCAAGCAGAGAGACCCUUCAAGACAUACAGAAAAAAGUGAACGACCUCUGGCAGAAUUUGCUCUACCCGCUAACGGCCGGUAACGAGACCGGCGGGAUGACUUACGCCGCUUGUGAGAUGCAGCCCAGCCCCAAACUAGACGCUGAGAAGCCGCAGGUGACCGGCCAGGUCCUGUUCCGGCAGCAUUACCCGCAGGGAAGGCUGGAAGCCAUUUUUCACUUGGAGGGCUUUCCGCUGAACGACGACCAGCCCGGCAGAGCGAUCCACAUCCACGAGCUGGGGGACCUCAGCAGCGGCUGCGAUUCCACCGGAGGCCACUACAACCCCUUCCGCGUCAACCACCCCCGCCACCCGGGGGAUUUCGGGAACUUCUCUCCCAAAGAUGGCAAAAUCAGGAAAUUCAAACCGAAUCUCUUCGCCACUUUGUUCGGCCCGUACUCCAUCCUGGGCAGAUCCGUCGUGAUCCACGAGCAGGAAGACGACAUGGGCAAGGGCAACAACAAGGCCAGCCUGGAGAACGGCAACGCGGGCAAGCGCCUGGCUUGCUGCGUGAUCGGGGUGUGCAGCGGGAGCUUGUGGGAAGAGAAACUGCCUGAGGUGGCGGACAAGAAGAAGAGAUUGCUCAGAACCAGGCUUUAGGGAGAGCCAGAAAGUCCCUGGGCAGCACCAAGUACCUAGCACUGCGCUGUCGGCUGCCACAACACAUGGCAAAGGGAUUCCCGUCCCCGUCCUCUUGCUUCUCUAACAAAUGUGUAUCACUUUGUAGGGCUGCCUUUCUGUAAGCUGGUCAAUAAAAGCAGCAGCAACUCAA